GCAGUUGUCCCCGCGGGAGCGGCCACUGGGUGCGGCGCUGCAGGUGCGGCGCGGGGUGGCACGGAUGGGCGUCAGGUGCACUAGACGAGCUCCUCUACUACCAUGAACAGAGCCCCUCUGAAGCGGUCCAGGAUCCUCCACAUGGCGCUGACCGGGGCCACCAAUGCCUCUGGAGAGGCAGAGGCCAGCGGGGAGAAGCCCUUUCUACUGCGCGCAUUGCAGAUCGCACUGGUGGUCUCCCUAUACUGGGUCAUCUCCAUCUCCAUGGUGUUCCUUAACAAGUACCUGCUGGACAGCCCCUCCCUGCAGCUGGACGCCCCCAUCUUUGUCACAUUCUACCAGUGCCUGGUGACCACACUGCUAUGCAAGGGCCUCAGCACACUGGCCAUCUGCUGCCCUGGUACCGUGGACUUCCCCACGCUGCACCUGGACCUCAGGGUGGCACGCAGCGUCCUGCCCUUGUCAGUGGUCUUCAUUGGCAUGAUCACCUUCAAUAACCUCUGCCUCAAGUAUGUCGGUGUGGCCUUCUACAAUGUGGGCCGCUCACUCACCACCGUCUUCAACGUGCUGCUCUCCUACCUGCUGCUCAAGCAGACCACCUCCUUCUACGCCCUGCUCACCUGCGGCAUCAUCAUCGGUGGCUUCUGGCUGGGUGUGGACCAGGAGGGGGCAGAGGGGACCCUGUCCUUGGUGGGCACCCUGUUUGGCGUGCUGGCCAGCCUCUGCGUCUCGCUCAAUGCCAUCUACACCAAGAAGGUGCUCCCAGCGGUGGACAGCAGCAUCUGGCGCCUGACCUUCUACAACAACGUCAAUGCCUGUGUCCUCUUCCUGCCCCUGCUGCUGCUGCUCGGGGAGCUGCGGGCCCUGCGGGACUUUGCCCAGCUGGGCAGUGCCCACUUCUGGGGGAUGAUGACACUGGGCGGCCUGUUUGGCUUUGCCAUCGGCUAUGUGACGGGACUGCAGAUCAAGUUCACCAGUCCCCUGACCCACAACGUGUCGGGCACGGCCAAGGCCUGUGCCCAGACAGUGCUGGCCGUCCUCUACUACGAGGAGACCAAGAGCUUCCUCUGGUGGACGAGCAACAUGAUGGUGCUGGGAGGCUCCUCCGCCUACACCUGGGUCCGGGGCUGGGAGAUGAAGAAGUCUCAGGAGGAGCCCAGCCCCAAAGAGGGUGAGAAGAGCCCCUUGGCCGUGUGAGCUGCUUCGGGGACCCUGGACGGCCUGGCCCUGGGGGGAGUACUCAGGUGGGGUCAGAGCAGCAAUGAAGGCUGUCCGCAUGGACCCAGAAAGGGGUGUGUGUUGUGGCCUGGGUAUUGCUUACAGACCUGAUCAGAAUGUGGUGGUUGAAAAGGAACCAGUGUUUUCGAGUAACAUCAGAAAGUUGCCACAA